CCCGUACCCAUAAAGUUUAGGCACGAAAUGACCCAGAAAUUAUUAGUUCUCAUGCUGGCCUGGCCCAUUUACUUUGUACUCGUGUCGUGCUCUAAUCUAAUCGUGACGGGCGUGCGGCAUGGUCCGGUGCCCCACCUACAUUUCCUUCCGUCCGUCCGUUCCCAAUUCCAAUUUAACAAAGAGACAGGGCGAGUCGCGAGAGGUAAACGACGACAGGUGCCGAGCCGGACUGCUGCUCUGCUUGGCGCUGAUAAUUCCGCCGGACGGACAGCCCCCUUUUAUCCAAUUCUUGUAAUAAUUACAUAAGUCAAUUAGUAGUUCCCACUUCAUUUGCCCUUCUCUUUAUCUGUCCGGCCUCUUCUCUAGUCCUCCGCCGUCGAAUCCGUGACAAUUCCACCGAUCGGAAGCCCAACGGUGAUAUAGAAGCUCUAAGGUGAUCAUCCUCUUCCAAUUCUCCCUCGCGUUCGAAAUCCAAUCAAUUUUGGGGGUUGAUCGGAUUUUUAGGGCUUUUUUUUCUCCUGUUGGAAUUGUGGUUUUUUUGUUCUUGAUCAUCGGGGUCCAGAAUCUAGUUCUGCAUUUUGGUGGAAUUGGGGUUUGGAAUUUCUGCGAAUUAGCUGUAAAUUCAACAGCUUUUUUUUUUUUUUUGCUAUUUCCAGCUUUCAUUGUGAUGCUUCAUUAGUUUCCUCUUCAAAUUGGAUCGAUGAUUGAUUAUUAGUUUCAAUGAACUUGGGUUUUGAAGGCAGAGAAGAUGGCAUCUUCUUCAGACGCGUGGAUGAAGGAGUAUAAUGAAGCGGCAAAGCUUGCGGAUGAUAUCACUGGGAUGAUAUCUUCUCUCCCUUCAUCAGGACCUGAAAGUCAACGUCAUGCUUCAGCUGCUCGCAGGAAGAUCACCAUAUUGGGUACCCGACUUGAUAGCUUACAGUCUCUUUUGACAAAGCUUCCCGGAAAGCAGCAAGUAUCAGAAAAAGAGAUGAACCGUCGCAGGGACAUGAUUGGGAACCUUAGGACGAAAGCCAACCAGAUGGCUUCCUCGUUGAACAUGACAAGCUUUGCCAAUAGGGAUAGUUUGUUAGGCACUGAAAUUAAGCAAUCUGACAUCAUGAGUCGAACAACUGGUUUGGACAACCAUGGCCUUGUAACUUUUCAGCGACAAGUUAUGAGAGAGCAAGAUGAGGGCCUUGAGAAGUUGGAGGAGACGGUAAUCAGUACCAAACAUAUCGCCUUGGCAGUCAAUGAGGAACUGGAUCUUCACACCAGACUUAUUGAUGACUUGGAUGAGCAUGUGGAUGUCACAGACUCCCGCUUAAGGAGAGUGCAAAAGCAAUUGGGAGUAUUGAACAAGCGAACCAAGGGUGGUUGCACCUGCCUGUGCAUGCUUAUGGCCGUAAUUGGGAUCGUGGCUCUGGUUGUCGUCAUAUAUAUGCUGAUCAAGUACUUAUGAUCCUGAGGGGCGUACCUGAAGCCUCUCAUUUCAAUUUAUCUGCCCUAUUCUGCCUGCUGCUCUGCCCAUUCUGCAACAAGUCGCUCUUCCCUCCUGUUUUAAUUUACCUUUUCCCUGUCGCUUGUUUUGAGAACCAUUGUGUUUGGAGAUUUUCUGUUUCCGUUCCAUAUGGUGAUGCGAUGUUGAGGUGGCAGAAGUUGUAAUACGAAAAAUGUCGGGGACCAACUCUGUAAAUAAUCUCCCAAGUGAUUUGGCCUGCGUGUCAUUCGUCUGUUUGGUCAACCAAAGCCAAAAAUUACACGUUUUAAUGUGAUGUAUGGUUGUGCCCUUCAUUCACCUUUGGCACUGCCGAUUGUCGACAUUGAGCCAUUGAUCACUAAUGUUCUGUGUCAAGAAUAUGCCUUCCAAUUGCGCUUUUAUGAAACAAUGGUCCUCUCCUCUCAAAUGUCUUCAACAGCGAUCGAGUCUAGAUAGUGGUAGACAGAGUCGUUAGGAUUAACAUGAUUUGUCUGUGUACGACCUUACAAAAAAGGGUUAGUUUCAUAGCACAAUAAAUUGUUCGUAGAAAU